AUGGCCGAGGCCCCGCCGGGCACGGAGCGCUGCCCGCACUGCGGGCGGCCCUUCAAGCGGCUCCGCGCUCAUCUCCCGCACUGCAAGGCCGCGCCCGGCCUGGAAGCGGGCGGAGACAGGAGGCGGGAGGAGGAGGCGGCCCUGAGGAAGAGGAGGAAGCCGCAGGCCGCUGCCCAGCCUCGGGUGGAGGCCCAGGCGCUGGUGGAGGCCGAGGCCCGCGAUGUGGCGCAGUCCCUCGACCUGCUGCCCGAGGAGGUGGCGGGAGUCCCGGAGAAACUUCGGGACGGGGUGAAAAUAGUGAUCGAAAAUCACCGCGUCAAGGUGGUGAGGGAAAGGAGCGGCCCUGGGGGGCGGUGCGGGGAUGGCCCUAAAGUGCUGCGAUCAGCCGAGCCCGAGGGAAGAAAUGCCCCGAAAGCAGCGCACGUGGAGGUGCCUGGCCAAAGAGCUCCCGGCUCAAAGGGAGGAAAUGCGGUUAAAACACGUGGGCUGCACGGUCACCCUGAAGCUGACAGCAGAAGGAGCCCCUCUGACCUCGCUCAGCAGGAGAGAACAGGCAAAACCCUGACAGAAGAGAAGCAAGCGUACGUGGAAGCUGCUGCGGAAUACAAAGCCCCUCUUUCUGUUUCACACGCCCAGAACCUCCAUCUGUCAGCGAGAGAGGAUUGGAUAGGUCACAAGGAAGGGACAUCCAAAAAUUACCUAACUGGCAUACAAAUGCUCAGUGUGAACAAGAAGCAGAUGGCUGUCGUUUCUGAGCCCAUCCUGAAUGCAGGGAGGGACAGCAGGCUGGCUUUGGACCAGUCCUUGCUCUACACCUCCAAAAGGCAACCCAUCUGUCUCCCCCAGGCCUCUGGCAGAAGCACACAGUCAGGUGCCAUGGGUUUGGAGUGGUUUCCAGACUUACAUUCUAAUUACCACAGUCUGAGCAUGUUUCCUGGGAAGUCUAUUCAGGACGAUGUGGGGAUCACAAUGAAGACACCAAAGGGCAAUAUCUCAGAAGGACAGCAAGGUCCUCUCUCAGAAAGGCACCUGAUGGAUGUAAGGCUGGGGGAGCUGCCCAUGUGGCUCACCACCUGUGACUUUUCUCCCCGGGGGCUGCUUGCAGGCGUGCAGAAAGUUUGGAGCAGUUAUUACAACAAAUACAUCAACGUGAAGAGGGGCGGAGCAGCUGGAAUCUCCAUGCUCCUCGCUGGGUACUGUGUCCUCAGCUACAGCUGGAACUAUCAGCAUAUCAAGUGCUAUCGCUGGCGUAAGUACCACUGAAGAAGCUGCAACAACACCCAGGAAAGACUGGUAAAUGUUUGACAGAGUCAGCACAAGCUCCUGGGACCAACAGGGUUUGAAUCCUCAGUGAAACAGCAGAGGCCCAUUUCCUGUCAGAGACAGGCUCUUAAGCUGUUGAUACUGGGAGAAUGCUUUUCAGCUACCCUCCUGCAGAUAGAGGGGUAUUGCUGACAGCCUGCAGUCACUGCUCUGUGGCUCAGCGUUCAGUACUGAAAGACAAGAAGAUGUUAAGGCAGCUCCUCAUAGGUCUGCAUGCAGUAGAUUUCCUGUGGUAUUUGGCAAAAUAUGUGGUAGAUCAUUGCAGAGAGGGGUUAAUAAAUAACCAGAAUAACCAUUGCCUUAAGUUAUCAGAGCUGUACCUAGCACUGGGCACCUUCUACUUUCUUCUUGCCACAAUAAGCAAGAUUAUGUUUGUAGUUAACUUGUGAAAGGAGAGUGAUCCCUGCAGAGCCCUUCUACAAAGGGGUGCCUGCUUCCCUUAAACACUGCCUAUGAGUCUACCUGGGCUCUGAGACAGCUACAGGAAGGAUCUUUGUGGAGGUUUUAAAGCAGCAGCACUGAGAACACAGUGCCCUAUUUCUGGAGGAAGAAAAUCCAUUGGAUUAGCUGUUGUGCCCAAAGGGCAAACCGACAUCAGACAAAUGAGGACAGUUAUGAGAGUGCUAGUUGUAGCCUGCCAUCCUCAAACGUGUCUGGAAAAGGGUUGGUCAUGUUACAGGCACAAAAGGAGGCCAAAAAAAAAAGAAAACACAACCAAAACUCUUUAUUCUAAGUGGGGUGCAGGAGAACUGUGUCAGAGGUGUUUCACAAAGAACUCCCUUCUCACCAGCAAUAAAAUCCUUGUGAAUUUUU